AUGAAGACAAUAACCUCCCGCUCCAGGUUUUUCUUAUUUUUCCUGUGUUUAAUGACUGUUACAUCCCUUCUGAUGUACACUAUUCCAUUGAAGACAACUCAUUUGCUACCACCGUUGAGAGCAUUUGGUUCAUUUAUACAACACGCUGUACAGAGUUCACCAGUCGAGGAGCUAUUAAACAGCAUACCGGCUCAAGUCAAAGUAAAUGGCGUUGAUUGUGUUGCCAUCUUCAAUGGCUCCAAAAAUGAAACAGCUGCAGCAAAGAGUAUAGCGCGAAACGCCAGUGAGCCUCUUUCAGACGAAUUUUACAUUAACGUAACAACUGACUGUGUGAAUUUUCAGAAACUACGUGGUUACAUAAUGUCCUCGCUAACACAAGAGGAAGAGCAGUUUCCCAUAGCAUAUUCUAUUAUGGCUUACAAAGACUCCGAGAUGGUUGAAAGGCUACUACGGGUUAUCUAUCGGCCUCAAAAUUUUUACUGCAUCCACAUCGAUCUAAAAGCGUCAAAUGAGUUCUUCGCAGCAAUUUCUGCCAUAGCCAAAUGUUUUCCGAACGUAUUCAUUGCCACUAGAAGAAUUCAAGUAGUAUGGGGCACUUUUACAGUGCUUGAACCAGAGCUUGUUUGCAUGGAAGAACUGUCGAGGUACCGACAAUGGAAGUAUUUCAUCAAUUUGACAGGACAGGAGUUUCCACUGAAAACCAAUUACGAAAUUGUGAAAAUUUUAACUGCAUAUGACGGAGCAGUCGAUGUGUCAACGACUAAAAAAUUUGCAGAUAAAAAGAGAUGGAAAAACAUACCUCCUCCUCAUGGAUUAACUCUUGUGAAAGGAUCAGUCCACAUUGUAGUUAACAG